UCACUUCCGCGUGCCCGGCCGCUCGCCCACAAACCGCCCGAUUUCCUCGGGAGCUCUUAGGAGUCGAAGGUUGUGGCCGUACAACAAGAUGGCGGCGCCUACAGGGGGCGGGACAGCGGAGAAGGAGUUUCAUCCAGGACCGUGUGUAUGAUUGCCAGCUGCAGUUUCAGGGAGUUGAUUUUUCUUCCUGAAAAGGGGAGCUGUGAUGUCUGUGGUACAUCGGCUGACAGCGGGGUGGCUCGUGGAUCAUCUCUCUUUCAUCAACCGGUGUGGCUAUGAGAUCUGUGACUCCUUUGCGUACCCUGGUGGUGUUAGUCUCAAUACUUCUGUCACAUCUACUGGAGACUGUUGUGCUACUAAUACCUUUGCUGCCACCUCCUUGUUGAGAGAUGGUUCUAUUCCUGGUCCUGGAGAUGAAAUAGAAACAGAAGGUAAAACAGCAAAAAUGACAUACAUGUUUCGGGAGGAGUUCUUUGACAUUUCUAAGCCCCAUAUAGCUGCAGCUCCCGAGGAGCAGCUGUGGCGGGGGUGCCCUGAGGUGAAUCUCACAGAAAUAAAGGCUAACAGCAGCAGAGAGGAACACCAAGAAGGAACCAAGAGUGGCAUCGGGGAUUCUGUUGCCAGUGCUAGGAAGAAACGUAAAAGGAAAUGUGUAUUCAACCAAGGUGAACUGGAUGCUUUAGAAUACCAUUCAAAGGUCAGGAAGCUCAUUUGGGAAGGCACUUUGCAUUUAGUCCAAGAAGGACUCAAAAGCGGUUUUCUUCACCACACUACUGCAGAACUCAGUUGCAGGAAGAAUGUUAUUCCUGGACACAUUGGCUGUGGGUUGGCUGAACUAUGUGAAAUGGCAAAGCAGCUUCCAGCUGUGAAUGAAAGUGACCAUCAAGCUGUACAUGUGCUAGAUGAUGAAACCUCCAUUCCAGAUCAGGAUGUGCUUUCAUGUGUUACAGAAAACAGCUCAAACUCUGCAAAAAUAGUUGUGUUAAUGGGGCAGAAGUACUUGGUGCCACCAAAAAGCAGUUUCCUUUUAUCUGAUAUUUCAUGUUUACAGCCCCUGUUGAACUACAAGAAAAACUAUGAUGUAAUUGUGAUUGAUCCACCAUGGGAGAACAAGUCCGUUAAAAGGAGUAACAGAUACAGCCACUUGUCUUCGUGGCAAAUCAAGCAGAUUCCUGUACCAGCACUAGCUGCUCCGAAUUGUCUUGUGGUCACGUGGGUGACUAAUAGACAGAAGCACUUACGUUUUGUUAAGGAUGAACUUUAUCCUCAUUGGUCUGUGAAAACACUUGCUGAAUGGCACUGGGUAAAAAUUACUAGAGCUGGAGAAUUUGUCUUGCCUUUGGAUUCUUCACACAAAAAGCCCUAUGAAGUUCUUGUAUUGGGGAGAGUUCAAGGAGAAGUAAAGGAAACCUUAAGGAAAUCUGAAGAUGUACUUCCAAUUCCAGAACAUAAAUUAAUUGUCAGCGUACCCUGCAGUCUGCAUUCACAUAAACCCCCUCUUACUGUUUUGGCAGCUCCAUCUAGAACAUGGUUAUGGAAUUAAAAGAUAGACCAUAAGACAAAAGCUAACUGCUGAUGCCCUGACUUCAGUGUUGUAAAAGGGUAUCACUUUCAUGACUGGACAAUAUUCUCAAGUGGUCAGCAGAGAGCAGCUGAGCUACAUCCUAGAGUGGUUCAGAAGAAAGUUGAACAGAAACAGAUUUGGCAAUCAGGGAGAAGAACACUUUAUUUCUUAUUACUACUAUAAAGGUUGUAUGUUGGUACAUAUGUAGCCCCUUAAUGACUGAUGCUAACAGUUUAUCUCUCUGGGGGAAGAGAAAGAUGUAAAUUAAAGUAAGCCAUCAAAAAGAGAUGUUUGGGUUCCUACAGUGCAUUUAACCAUGAAAUUGCGACUGUAGGGGUUUUGGGUGAUGCAUGUGCUGUGUUCAAUGCUUAGAGCUUUAAUGUGUCAUUGUAAAUGUACUUAAGCUUUUUUAUGCAAAUGUGUUAAAUUAAAUUUUAUUACUCCUGGUUUUCAUUCAAAUAACAGCAGGUUUUCUUCCUAAUUCAAUUCAAUGUUGCUCUUAAAAGACAUAGAAGAUAUUCUGCUACACAGAUGAUGUGGAGUAAUGUAGAACUUCAAACACCUUUUUUCAUUUUCCUGUUUUAUAGGUUCUUCUUGUUAUAGCCAUUUCUCCUCCAGUUUUUAAGAAUGUACAUUUAUUGUUAGAAAAUAAUAUUGUCAUAUAAGAGUAUGCCUAAAAACAUUGGAAUUAAUUCCUGGCCAUGUUCUAGCCGCUUUGCAUAUCUCCAGCAGAAGAGUGGAAUGGGAAAUCUUGGGAACUCUCUUCUCCUGUAACAACCCUGGUUUGUUAGACCAUGUUACAAAAGUGUUCUUGGAAGUAAAAGAAGUAAAUGCCUUUUAUUUCCUUAUGCAUCUUGUGAGCCCUUACUGUUAGACUAAUCAAUAGGUGCAUCAACAUCUAGAUUUAACUUGAGGCUCAGGAAAGAUGCAGAGAUGUAAAGGCAUCUUUGUGUUGAGUUUCAGAUCUUCUGGUCCUACUCUGUUCAGGGAUUAGACAAACUGGGCAAUAAGGACCUCUACAUUGCAAACUCUUGAAGGGUUACUAUGAAACGAAUACAAUCAUGUGCUUUGUGCUUUACAUGGCUCACAAAUCAGACAGUGAAAAGCUGACAUUCAUUUUCACUUCAUGUAUCCAAUUUGCUAUGCAGAACUUGCUGUUUAGGUAAUGGAAGUUCAAAAGAUAAGGGGAAACUGUUGCUUGUUUCAAAAAUGAUUCUUCCUUUUGCUUAUUUAAACAUUUUAUCAGUAUGCAUCUUCAAUAUAUUUCUGGGAUUAAGAGUAGGCAGGUAUGGCAGGUAUCCUGCCUGACUGCUGGAAUCUGCUUCAGAAGGAAGUGGGUUUUCUGGAAGACCAGUGUUAUAUCUACCAGCGGGCUUUGUGCUAGCUUCGUGUGUCGUAGAGCAUUAGAUGCCCAAGUGUAGGUGCCUGAGUUGCUGUCAUUGUGUUUUUGACACAUGCAAGUGAUAAGGAAUAAUCUAUUUAUCAGAUAUUUAAGCUGUUUAUUGUCAAUGGUAUCUGUAAGUGGAUAGAAACAAUUGUGUUUUGUUUUGUUUUUUUAAAUUUUAUUUAAUCUUUUCAUAUGGUUGAAAAACUUAAUAUUUAAUCUUUCUGCUGAUGUAGAUCCUCUAACCUCUUUUCAGAGGAAAAAGCUCCAGAAUUUGCUUAAGGGCUGCAAGUCAGAUCUAUGUGUGUUAAGAUAGCCCCUUCUGGUGAUAUAAAAGCCUAACAAAAACAAAAUAAUUUGUAUCUUGAACACUGAUUUUUCCUAUUUUAAGGAAAGCAGUGUAAUGAGAUUUUAUGCCAACAAAAUGCAGCCACAUUAUUGCCCUCUUGAUAUGGUAAUUUCCAUUGCAGUGCAAGUUACUGCCUGAUGUGAUUAUGUAAAUAUCUACAACCUAGCAGUGAAAAAUCAUACUACAAUGUGAUCUUGAAUUACAUGUAAUCUGUCUGUUUUUAAAAAAACCUCUGACUUUAAAAAAGACCAUCUCUCUGGCAGCAGGAGAGGGGGAGAUUCCUGGAAAUUAAUUUUUAAAUUCUAUUACCAAAUCAAUUGAAAGAUUGGCAGAAGCUUCCUGCUUCUGCUGAACUGAUCCAUUUUUGGCUACCUCUUUUUUGUUUUCUGGCAAACUAAUCUUUGAGGAUGGUUAAAUGUCCUAAGUGUGAUUUUAAAAUUUAUUCUCUUAGGCAUGGAAGUUUUUGGUGCUUAGUAAAACUGCUUUUGAUUACUGGACUUAGCACAGUGAUGACAUUUUUAAGAACUAAUGUCAACAUUACUAAUGUGUUCUUAGUGAAAUUUUGUCACCUAAAUAACUGCUUCCUCUACAUAGAAGCCUAUAUAGAGCAUAAAAUGGUUCUAUUUUGUUUUUUUUUUUUUUUAUGAGGGGGAAAAAGACAUAUAAAGCCUAACUCUGCAGUAACCUCUGCAUGGUCUUAUGCCCAUUAGGAUCAAAAAGAUAUCCUACAGAUGUCAGGAUCUGCUCACAGAGACUUUAUUGAAAGCUUUGGAACUUUGCUUUCCACAGUCUCUCCUUUCUCUUAUGUGGAAAAAGUGCAACCUCUUACAACAUGGGCUUUCUUAGAUGCUCAAGAGAAUAGAUUUUUGUAAGACCUUUGUUAAAGUCAUACAAUCAUAGAAUGGUUUGGGUUGGAAGGGACCUUUAAAGGUCGUCUAGUCCAAGCCCCUUGCAAUGAGCAGGAACAUCUUCAGCCAGAUCAGGUUUCUCAGGCCCCCAUCCAGCCUGACCUUGAAUGUUUCCAGGGAUGGGGCAUCUACCACCUCUCUGGAUGAAACCUGUUCCAGUGUUUCACCACCCUCAUCAUAAAAAAUUUCAUCCUUCUAUCUAAGCUAGAUCUACGCUCUUUUAGUUUAAAACCAUUAUCCCUUGUCCUUUUGCAACAGGCCCUGCUAAAAAGUUUGUCCCCAUCUUACC